AUGGAAUCCAGUUGGGCAGUAUCGAUUUAUUUCAUUGGUUUCAUGGUAUUAGAAAUUCCAUCGAAUUUUCUCAUGCGUAUUAUUGGCCCAUCGAAAUUUUUGUCGAUUAUUAUGAUCGUAUGGGGGAUAAUUAUGAUAUCAAUGGCAUUUAUUCAUAAUGCAACUGGUCUACUAAUUACUCGGUUUCUCUUGGGUGCAGCACAGGCUGGUUUUUUCCCAGGAAUUAUAUUUUACUUCUCAUUAUGGUAUAUUCGUAAGCAACAUUCAUUUCGUAUGGCUAUAUUUUACUGCGGAGUUUUACUAUCCGGUGCUUUUGGAGGUAUCUUAGCUUAUGCUAUCAGUCUACUAGAUCAUUUAGCAAAACUUCAAGGAUGGCAAUGGAUUUUUAUUGUUGAGGGAGCACCAAGUAUCCCGUUAGGAAUUGUGACCUAUUUUUUCCUUGGAGAUUUACCCGAAACUGUCCAGUGGUUAACAAAUACCGAAAAAGAGAUAUUAACUAAUCGUCUUCGUGAAGAUCCAGGCUCUUCAUUCAAUUACGAAUCAAUUUUUUCUUGGCAACAAGUUCGUUUUGUAUUCACUGAUUGGAAAAUCUAUCUGUAUAUGUUUAUGUAUGUGGGUAACUCAAUAGCAGCACAUUGUCUGAUUAUUUAUUUACCAACAUUAAUUAAUAAUGGAAUGAAAUUUUCUAAUGCCAAUGCUCAACUGAUGUCUGCACCUCCACAUGUUAUUUCAUGUGUAUCAACACUACUUAUCUCAUUUUCUGCUGGUCGUUUCAAUGAACGUGGAUGGCAUAUGUCUUUGACUUUAUUAAUUGGUAUUAUUGGAUAUAUAUUAUUAAUUACUUUAACAAAAUAUGGUUCGACUGCAUUGUAUAUUGCCACGUGUAUUACUUGCGUCGGAACCUAUUCACCAAUUCCAUUGAUCAUGUCAUGGUUUACUAACAAUAUCGGAGGACAUACAAAACGAGCGGUAGCAACCGCAUUUAUUAUUGGUUUUGGAAAUAUCAGUGGAAUUGUCGUUGGCCAUAUUUAUCGUAAACAAGAAGCUCCAUUCUUCAUUCGUGGUCAUUUGAUAAGUCUUGGUUUUAUGUGUUCCAUUUUGAUGGUUUCAUUAAUAUUAAAAUUACUUCUCUCCAAUGAAAAUCGACGACGAGAUAAUUUGGCACGUGAAGAGUAUGAACAGGAAGUCCGACAAUGUGGAGCAGAACCUAGUGAUUCGCAUCCUGAUUUUCGGUACACUACAUGA